UCCCCAGCUCGCCGCUGCCGGGCGCGCUUCCCCCGGCUCCGCCGGCACCCGCGGGCGCCCAUGGAACAGCGGGGCGAGCGCUGCCCCACGGCCCCGCGCCCCGGCGCGAAGUUUCUGCUUGAGAAAUACACAUUCACUCAGCAAAACAAAAACAGCUUUUAAAGGUUGUUCUCGGUGGAAAUCACUCUAUGCCCUAUUACCUGCUUGAGUGAAACCAGACUAAGAACUUCUGUCAUGGCAGCUUUUCUGCUGGGAGCUGUGUUGCUUAUUGUUCAACCUCAGAUAGUGCCUUCCAGACCAGCUAUAAAUUCGAAUGCUGAGACUUCUUCUCAGUCUGUUCAGAGAGAGCUUUUAAAGAAAACAUCUCAGAAAAAUGACUUCAAGGAAAACGUUCAUUCUAAUGGAUCAUGUCAGCAGCUGCCACAGACUAUUAUUAUUGGAGUGAGAAAAGGUGGAACAAGAGCUUUGUUAGAGAUGUUGAGUCUCCAUCCAGAUAUUGCAGCAGCAGAAAGUGAAGUUCACUUCUUUGACUGGGAAGAUCAUUACAGAAAUGGAUUGCAGUGGUAUAUUAAUCAAAUGCCAUUCUCUUAUCCCCAUCAGAUCACCGUGGAAAAAACUCCAGCAUAUUUCACAUCACCUAAAGUGCCUGAAAGAGUUUAUAACAUGAACCAAUCGAUGAGACUACUCCUUAUUUUAAGAGACCCAAGUGAAAGAGUACUAUCAGAUUACACCCAAGUGUUUUACAAUCACAUGCAGAAGCACAAGCCGUAUCCAUCCAUUGAACAAUUCCUGAUUAAAGAUGGUGAACUCAAUGUGGACUACAAGGCAAUAAACAGAAGCUUGUACUACAUUCACAUGCAGAACUGGCUGAAGUAUUUUCCUCUUGAUCAUAUCCACAUUGUAGAUGGGGAUAAACUGAUCAAAGAUCCCUUCCCAGAAAUAGAAAAGGUUGAGAGGUUUUUGAAGUUAUCACCACAGAUAAAUGCUUCAAACUUUUAUUUCAAUAAAACUAAAGGCUUCUACUGCCUAAGGGACAGUGGUAGAGAGCGCUGUUUACAUGAGUCAAAAGGACGAGCGCACCCACAAGUAGAUACCCGGUUACUCGAGAAACUGCAUGAAUAUUUCCAUGAACCCAACAAGAAAUUUUUUGAGCUUGUGGGCAGGACAUUUGAUUGGCACUCCUUUGUGGCAAGUUAGUAGUAAGCUUCAGUACCUAUGUUCCAGUGUACAGUUAGAAAAAUUAAAAAGGGCAUUUAAAGUAUAAUUUAUUUGUAAAAUCCAUAAAUACUUCUGUACAGUAUUAGAUUCACAAUUGCCAUAUAUACUAGUUAUAUUUUUCUACUUGUUAAAUUUGAAAGCAUUUUGUAUUGUUUUUCAUGGUUGUUAACAUUGUGUAUGAUGUGUCUGUAUGAAGAAACUAAAUUAUUUCAUUGCAGAAGCUGCUCUCUUGAGAAUGUGUUGUCUUUUUAAUAAAUAAGAAAUUAAUUUCAACAGAGUCUUGCUGAAUUAUUUGAAUACUUUGGCCUUCCUGGACUAUUCAGGAUGUUUUUUUCCUCUAAUUGCUAAUGAAUAUGCUAAACUUUACAUUUCCAUUUAUCUUGCUUUAAUGUGUGGUUUAAUAAUUUAUUUUUUGUUUGAAAAUAUUGUUGUAGUUAACAAAUUGUUCCAUCCUGCUCUAUAAAAUUAUUUCCUGGUAAACUGGUGGUACUCACGUGUUGGGACAUGCACACUCAAAUGACAAUGGAAGUCUCUGUGUAAUAUGACAUGUUAACUGCUAUACUUACCUUACCUUCAUAUUUACUGUUAUAACAAGUGCUCCUCAAAUUCUUUGGCAGUACAGUGCAGGUUUCAUGGCAGAUUUUUAAAGGUUCUGUGGGGACCAGCUCAUAAAAUCUAAUUAGCUGUAGAAAUAUGGUCAAACUAAAAACUUCUUACAGUCUCUGAAUGUAUAUAUACUUCAUAAAGAAGUAGGGUUGAGAGAAUUUAAGCAAUAUAGAGAUUUUUUUCAAGGCUACUUAAGACUGUUCCUACAUUUUAUACCACAUUUAUGCUUUGCCAUCGGUGAAAAUGAACACUCACACCAGAAAAAUUAGUUGGUCUACAUUCCAGUAACUAUCAACCUUUUUCAUAUAAAUAUUACCAUACUUUUACCCCACUUAAAGCUGUUUUCCAUGAGCUGAGAAGUUGCUUUAUGCAACUGAAAAUUGCCUAUGGACUAUUGUUUGUUUAAUCUCCUUCCAAGAACCUUUAUGCCAAGUCUUGAUUAGGCAUGUGCUAUUGGAUUAACCCAAAUUCCAGGAACUUUCCUUGUUUUCUGUAUCUGGUAAAAAUGGAAGUUAGAUGUUAGUGCAUUGGUAAAAAUUGAAGCUGUCCUUAUCUACAGUGGUUAUGAUUUCUUGUUAACCAUCAGUUUCUGGAAUAGGAGUUAAUCCUAUUUCCACACAAGGCUUCCUACAGUACUUUCAUUCUGAGGUCCUAAUUUUCAUUUUAUGAUCUUGAGUUUAGUUUCAAAUGUGCAGUGGCAACACCCAGUAAAUUUGAUCUUGUAGCUGAUUGUUACAAUCCUUUGUAAAAUUUAAAUGUAGAUUCAUUAAUUUUUUCUGGUGAGCUGGUGCAAACUUGGGCACUAUGACAAGGUAUAGUCUUGGAUACAAAUAUCCCAUAUUACGCCUCUUGCAUGAAAAUUUGCAGGUGCUGCCCCUCUCUUCUCCCACUCCUUGUGUACCUGCCCAAGCUGUAUUCAACCUCAGAGAGGUUGGUGGUAUUUUAUAAAUUAGUCCUUUGACAAAAGCCUACAAUGAAAUGGUAUUGUACUCAAUAAAAUAUUUUCUGAAUUGCA